AUGGAGCCCUUUGCCCUGCCUGCAGCCGGCACGGGGGUGCAGCCUGUUGCGAGGUGUCCCAGACCCCCGCUGCUUCUCCUGGGCCACCACUCUGCCCAUCAAAUGUCCAUCUACCAGCACUUGCCAGGGCUGACAGUUGUGAAGGGCAAGUACGAGGUGUCUGGCGAGGAGCACCUCUACUCUGACUUCCCUGAGAUUGAUUUAUCCCAGCUGGAUGCCAGUGACUUCGACUCGGCCGCCUGCUUCAGUGAGCUGCAGUGGUGCGGGGAGCACUCGGAGACCGACUCCAGCCAGUACAGCACCGACGACUCUGAGCUCUUCCAGAUAAUAGACAGCGAGAACGAAGCGCUGCUGGCAGCCCUCACCGAGACAUUGGAUGAUAUACAGGGAGAUGACAUGGGCCUGGCUGCCUUCCGAACUAUGGAAGAGGGGGACACGCUCAACCAUGCCUCCACCUCGCCUGCCCCCUCCCCCAAACCCACCGCCCCGGUCACGGGGGGGCCGCCCCCGGCCCCCGAGUUUGAUGAGCUGUCUCUACUGAAGAAAUUGCUCCUCUCUCCAUCGCACGUGCCUCCGAGCUGUGAGGCUCAGCGGGACGGGAGCGCCCGGCGCCCAGGGACCCUCAAGUCCCGACCUGCACGGCCCUGCACAAAGGUGGAGGGUCCCCGGGACAGGAGGGCGAGCAUCCCGCAAGCGCAGAGCCGCAGCUGCACGGAGCUGCACCGGCACCUCACCUCCACGGCCCCCUGCCCCCAGACCAAAGCCCCCCGGGCACCAGAGGACUGCCCCAGCAGCCACCGCCACCCAUCCCUAGGCGACUGUGCCCAUCACGAAGAUGACAGCGACUCCAGUGAGGACUCGCUGAGCUCUGGCGACUCGAUGACCCCCCCUUCCUCAGCAGAGGAUGGCUCCAGCAGCCAGUUCUCCUGCGAGGGGGAGAUGCACUCAGUGGUGGAGCUCAUCCGCUACAUGCACACCUACUGCCUGCCACCGCGGAAGCUGCCUGCCCGCGACACCGACACCAAGCCCCAGCCCUGCAGCAGCCCCUUCAAGAGAGCCAAACCGGACUGCCCCGUGCAGCUGGGCCCCCCCAGCAGCGCACAGAGCCGCCCAGGCUGCGCCUGGCAGGUGGCCGGUGGCUGCAAGAAGCCCGGAGCAUCCUUCUCCAUCCUGAAGGAGCUGCUGGCACGGGACCUGCUGUGCGACGUGAGCAAGCCAUAUCGCCUGGGCAAGCCUGUGUACGCCGCCCUGGCCCGGCCGCCCAGCUCCUUCUCCCCUGUACCAGCAGCCCAGGAUGGGGAGGAUGCCGGUGGGACCUGCACAUCCAGAGCCAAAAUGGCACCGGAGAAGGGUGAGCCGCGGCAGAGCCCCGGUGCUGAGGCGGAGGCACCGCGGGAGCUGGGUGGCCUCGAGGACGAUGCUGGGAGGCAUGUGGCCACCCCAGGCGCAGCUGCGGGGAAGGUGGCCCGCAAACAGGAGAGCACCAUUUAUGCCGUCCGCCGGUCCAAGAGACUCAACCCUGAGCUCGGCCACUGGCUCUCCUUCCUCGAUGAGCCACCCCCCAAGCCCCCCGUCCCCCAGGAGGCAGGGGACAGCCAUGGCCCCCAGGACACCCUGGCCUGCAGGGAGCCCGCACUGUGCCCGGCGCUGGAGGGCUUCUCCGCUGAAGAGCCUGCGGCCGAAGUGGAGGUGGGGGGCACGGAGGAGGGAGACAGUGGGAGCACAGCACCGCUGGCGGAGCCUCAGCCCCUCUCCCUGGGCUCCCCGGGGGACGGCGAGGUGGUCAACAGGACUGAGAGCCAGCGCUGUGCCCUCCUCGAGCAAGCAGAAACACCCAGGUGUCUCACGCUGUCCUUCGCACAAACUGACCCAGCCUUUGGGAAAAGAAACUUUGAGCCGAUGCUGACUGUGGAGCUGUGUGGGACAGCAGGUCUCACGCCGCCCACCACUCCGCCGUACAAGCCUGCCGAGGAGGACCUGUACAAGCCAGACAUCCCCCAGGAGCCAGGGAAGGAGGACAGGACAGCCCCCAGCCCCAGGGGCGCAGGGGAUGCAGCAGCCUCCCAGAAAACCCCCAAGAAGCACCCUGAGAGGACAGAGCUCUUCGCCCACCUGAGCCGAGCUGCUGGGCGCCCCGCGCUCCUCGAGCAGCAGGGCGUGCUCAAGCGGCCCUUCUCCCGCUCCUUCGGGGACCACGACUACUGCCAGGUGCUGAAGCCCGAGGCUGCCCUGCAGAGGAAGGUGCUCAAGUCGUGGGAGCCCCUGGGCCAGGUGGAGACGGAGCACAAGAGGAGGGUCCCGGCUGCCCACUACCAGGGGCUGGACCUCGGCAGCAAGGAGGCAGGCGGCGAGAUGCUGUGGAAGGACGGCGUCAAGCAGCUGAGAGACCAGGAGAUCAGAGCCAGCUUAACGAAGCACUUUGGCUUUCUGGACAGUGCUCUCGAUGACGAGGACAUGGUCUUCUGCAAGACCCCUGAAUACGACACCGUCUUUGAAGACAGCUGCAGUGAGAGUGGCUCCCCUGUGGAGGAGGAGGAGGAGGAGGAGGAGGAGGAGGAGCACAGCAACACCAAGCUGUGCCUGCGGAGAAACCCCCUUUCCAGGACCAGUUUGCAUUCCUGUUCCCGAAGCAGGUCCAGCUCGGGGUCUUCGUGCUGCCGGUCCCGAUCGCCCGCAAGCAGGCGGACCUUCAGGUGUGAGAACGGCGAGCAGUGUCAGGGCGGGAGCGGGCACCGGGGCCAGCUGGAGAAGAGACGGGAAAAGGCCAUCGGAGAAGGCCGGGUGGUGUAUAUCAGAAACCUCUCCAGCAGCAUGAGCUCCAGCGAACUGAAGAAACGCUUUGAAGUGUUUGGUGAGAUCGUGGAGUGCCAGGUCCUGUCCAGGACUAACAGGGGGGAUAAGUAUGGCUUCAUCACCUACCGGUAUUCAGAGCAUGCUGCCUUAUCUCUGAAGAAUGGCACCUCGCUAAGGAAGAGGAACGAGCCUUUGUUCCAGCUCAGCUCUGGUGGCCUCGGGCACUUCUUCUGGACCAGAUACGCUGACUUGGAUUGCAGCGUGGAGGAGUCCUCCCCAGCUCCAGUGAAAAGCAAGUACGAGACCAUGGAUUUCGACAGCUUGCUGCAGGAGGCCCAGCUAAGCCUGCAUCGGUAA